UGGCACAGGAGGAGGAACAGAAGGAGAAGGGGGACUGAGGGGAGAGGAUAAGGCUGGAUGUGAGGAGGGAGCGUGGCUCGGCAAAUUUCUCAUCCGAACGUGCCGCAAGCCCAACCAAACUCGCUGGCGUCUUGUUAAAACGGAUUGCAAGGCGAUCCUCGUCGCCUGAUGACUGCGCGCACACAAGAGGGUGGGUGCGCCCCCCUCGCGCCAUUCCACUGUGCACGCUGCUGGUGCAAGGCGGUUCUCGUCGCCUAGUAGACCAGCUUCGUCGCGCCCACGCGGUGGGCCUUCGGGAUCGGCUCCAUCAGGGCAGCCUCCGACUUGCUCUUGUUGAAGUACAGCUUGACCUUGCCGAUCUCCUCGACCCUGUUCGCGGCCGUAGUCCCACGGGAAAUCUCCCGUUCCCGCGGCCGGGUGCGGGGAGUAGUCGGCCAGCGGAGGGGGCGGCGCCGACCUGAUCGCCGCGGGCGUCGGGAUGCCCCGCGUCUCGAAGUACCUCGGGUUCACCCAGACCUCGUCCCUGAACCCGUAGCGCGGCUCCACGUGGUUGAUCCAGUACGGGUCGAGGCCGCCGAUAUGUGCGUCAGGCUGGCGUUGUGACAGAUCUCGAAGAUGAGCUCCUCUGUCGCGUCCCUCGACCUCAUUUGCACGUACGGCUCUGUUCCACGCCCCGCACGACGGCCGUCGAAGCGGACGAGGACGACGCCAAACUCGAGGAAGCUGCCAGAGCCCAGCAAGGUCUCGUUCAGGAUCUCGGCCUCGUAGUUGCCGCUGUGAAGAUUCCAGAAGUCGAUCGUCUUGCGCCCGCCCAUCUCGGCCAUGAAGGCUUUCAUCGGGUGGGCGUGGAUCAUGUGCCCACUCAGCAUGUCGAUGUUGCCGUCGGUGUCGAAGCCGAGCUUUGUAGAGUUCUCGUGCGGGGAAAUGCAGCCCAGGAAGAGCCAGGCCUUGCGCCACUUGCUCCAGAGGUUCAUGUAGAAGUAGGGGCGGGGCUCCAUGAUGAGGCCGCGCCAGCCAGCAAGCUCAAGCAGGAGCGUGUUGCUGUUGAUCUCGCCGUCCCCAGCGUUGGAGUCCACGUAGAAGCCAUUGGUGACGUUCUCGAAGACCUGCGUCAGCAGUUUCACGUCCUGCUGGGCGCUGCUGAAGCUCUGGAUGUUGUCCCCGCUCUCCAGGCUGUACUCCCACUCCUGGCCGUCGAUGAACGGCAUUGAGGAGUAGUGGUAGACGGGCAACGAGUCGCCAGUGCGCGGCGAGCCGACGCCCCAAGGCAACCCGGCAGCGACCUCUGCCACGGUCUCGGCAGCGCUGUCGGCCCGGCCCUUUUCGCCAGAGGCCUCGGCGGCCUGUCGGGGUUGCCAAAGGUUGCCCUGGCCCGAGAUGCCCCCGACUUUUCGCUAAAUUUUCGAACCCUUCAGGCCCUCUUCAGGAGCGCGCCAAGCGGUCAGCACAGACAAGGUAGCAGGCAGCAGGCUCAAGGAAAAGCAUAGUGAAAACUCAAACUUAUUGACUGAUUUGUGUCCUCUCGUGAAUACGCAUUCGAAAUCGCAAAGGAUCGCGGAAAGGCGGCCCAUGAGAGCGGACAACACCAGUCAGCAGCAAACUGGGCCGCAAGUCUCUGAGGAUGAACAUUGCAAGAUCCAGCACGAAGGACCAGCUCGUGCUGACUGGCCAAGUCGUCCGCGACCCAACUGGGCCUCCCUGGCUGGGGCCUCCCCAUGCCAGGGACACCUCUGCAGAGGAGCGCAAAACAGCCAUUGACAUCCCGGGCAUCUGUUCCGAGCGGCCACGCAGCGACAACACCGCGGUGCGCGGCGGGCGCCGCCCUCUGAACCGUUCGAGGGCUGCCACUUCAUGGCCGGUGCCCUCUCCUGCCGCGGCGCCGCUGCGGCCGCUCCAGCUCCGUCCGCGCGACCUCGCCCGCGGCGCACCGAACGGGGCUUUUGCCGUGGAGCGGCCGCCCUCUCCUCGGCGUUCGGCCCGUGGUGCGGUGCUGCUUGGUGGCCAGCGUCGUCUCGUCGAGGUGGCCCCUCGUGUCCGCGCCCGGGCUCACCCCCUCCUGGCCAGGGCAAGCUUUGGCACUUGAUGCCGGCCAUGAGGGUCGCACGGAGCGCCGCCGCUCCCACUCGCCUUUCCUCCACGGUCGUCCGCCCCGGCUCAGUCUGCUUUUCUCCUGCGCGCUGGCAUGGCAGGCGCCAGGGAGAGUACUCUCCUCGUGUCCGCCGCGGCGCGGCAUCGAAGGAGCAGGCCCAAGGGGCACUUUCCGCGCCCAGCUGUUACUCUGAAGCGGUCGAGCGCCUGAGCCCAAAUGGCCAUAGACGUCGGGCAGCGAAGAGGGUGCAUCUGCGUGUUGGCCCAGGGGGGCAUGGAUACAGAUCAGCACAUACCUAUAUCCGCCACCGUGCCUCUGGGCACGGAGUGG